CUUGGUCAAGAGAAGAAGAGAGAGAGAAACAUGGCGUCGGAGCGAAGAAUCGUGGUGCUCAUUUCCGGGUCAGGGAGCAACCUCCAGGCGCUGCUCGACGCUGUCUCGGACGGCCGGCUGGGCCAGGCACGCAUCACCCAGGUCAUCUCGAACCGCAAGGCAGCCUUUGGGCUCGAACGUGCACGCAAGGCCGGUGUGCCUACGGCUGUACUGAGCAUGAAGACGUGGCUGGGCCGCAAUGCAGGCAAGACGCGCGAGGACUACGACGAGGUGCUGGCGGGGGCUGUGCUUGCAGGCGCCUCCGGUCGUUCGCAGGAGUGGCUCGACGCCCAGGGAGCACAGGGGCAGCAGCUGGUACAACAAGAUACGGCAGCUCCGACGAAACCGGACCUGGUCGUCUUGGCUGGCUUCAUGCACAUCGUCUCACCGAGGUUCCUGCAGGUCGUUGGCAACACACCCUGCAUCAACCUGCACCCUGCCCUUCCUGGCGCAUUCGACGGCAUCGAGGCCAUCAAGCGGGCACACGAUGCCUUUCAGGAGGGAAAGCUCAAGGACGGCAAGACGGGCGUCAUGGUGCACGAGGUUGUGGCAGAGGUAGACCGGGGAAGACCAAUCGUGGUGCAGGAGGUGGAGUGCAUAGAGGGGCAGUCGCUCGAGGACCUCGAGGGGAGGAUCCACGAGGUGGAACACCGCAUCAUCGUCGAGGCCGCCGGCAAGAUCUUGUCUGAGAGAUCAUGAACAACUUGUACAGUACAAGAAAUUGGAUUACUUUUCUACCCGCGUAAAUGCUCUCCGGAAGGCCAUUUGAACACGCAGCAGGCAGCCCUCGAGCGUUGCGGGCGAGGGCCGUGUGUCAAGGUAGAAGGACAGGCUGUUGCCCCUGCCCGAGUAGAAGUCAAUGACGUACUUGACUCGCUUGCCGCACCGAUCCACCUCCCAGUCGU